AUGGAACAUCUUCUAUCGUGGCAUAGACCACAAGUACAAGCUUUCAUUGGAUACACAAGCAAUGGAAACUUCAUGACCAAGACUGUUGAUGAAGCUAAGGUUCUUAUUGAGAAUCUUGCAGCUAGUGAUUGUAACAACUGUCCUGAUUAUGACCGCUCAAGCCGCACCACUACUAGCUCCCCUGAUUCUUUUCAAAUGACUGAACUCAAGAACAUGAUGGCUCAAGUUCUUAAGGGACAGCUCAAGCAUAUCAAUGCAAUAGAAGGGAUGAGUGAUGCUAAUGAAGAUUCAUCAAGAGAAUGCAUGGGAGAUUUCUCUAAUGAAGCCAAUGAAGAAGAUGUGAACUACAUUGGAAACUAUGGGAACAAGGGAUACAAUCCAAGCUAUCGCCCAAACCCCAACAUGUCUUAUAGAAACCCCAAUGUGGAGAAUCCUCAAGACCAAGUGUAUCCUCCAAGGUAUCCACAACAACAAAGACCUCCUUACCAAUCUCAAGGAAGUCAAUUUCAGCCAAGGCAAGGAUAUGAGCAGAGAUCAUCAUAUCCGCCCAAGGAGCCAUAUGCUUCUUCACCAAAUCAAGCUCCUCCAAACCAACAAGGUGGGAGAUUUGAAGGAAUCCUCCAACAGAUCAUGGAUGGCCAGAAGAGAAACACUAAAGAGAUGUAUGAGAAGAUGGACACUUUGUUCAGCAAUCUCAACACCAAGUAUGAUGCUGUUGCCACUCAUGUGAAGAAACUAGAGACUCAAGUCACUCAAACUAUGGAAGCUGUUAAGAGACAGGAAGCUGAAUCCAAGAAGUCCUUUUGCAACUCAGCCGCCAUAGAAGAAAGAUUUGAAGACCAAGUUCCAGAAUGGAUGCUUUCAAAACCUACUGUUGAUUGCAUGAUUUGGCCUGAAGAGAAUUACCCAGAGAGAGAGUCCAAUCGAGCUAGAAAGAGAAGACUCUUCCCAAAGAUUAUCCCCAAGACAGAUAACUCAGGAAAGUUUGCUGUGCCUUGUAUCAUCAAAGGUAACAUUCUUGAGCAAUCUUUGUGUGACACAGGAGCCAAUGUGAACAUCAUGUCUAAGAGGAUAGCUGACAAGAUAGGCCUCACCAAGAUAGAGCCAUCAUCCAUCUCCAUCAACUAUGCUGAUUCAUUCUCACAAACCCCUAUGGCUUUGUGCCUAAUGUGA